UUCUUCCACGGGUGCUGUGACGUCACGAGUGCUCCGCCGCAGUGGCGGUGAACCAUAGAGUAAAGAAUGUGAACUGGUUACCCAACGGUGCCGCGAUCGUUUUCCGGCGGUUACGACGGUUUGGGCUGCGUAGGUAGCGCCACCACGGCUACGAUAACAUCGUUCGCGUCGAUUAGUGCGUAUCAACACCGCGUUCAUCCGGCUUACCUGCUCGACGGUGUCACGGUGCUCACGAUUUUUGCUUGAUAUUUUGAAUUGUUUUGUGUGCCCAAGAGUGUUGGCGUGAGUAAUAGGUUCACUUAACUCGCGUUUUGCCCAACUUUUUCUUCUUCACACUCCUAUUUCGUACUUAACAGUUCCUUAGUCGUCCGUCUAGCCAUUUUCUUUGUUCUCCGUUUAUUUGACCACCCGAUGUGUUUGCAAUGAACGGAAUGUCGUUCAGCGAAUUGAUGUACUUGUUCUGUUGUCCACCCUUACCGUCCCGUAUCGCUGCCAAACUCGCGUUCCUACCACCGCCGACCACGUACGAUUUCACUCCCGUUGAGAGCGGGGAGAGUAAAUAUCACAUCAAAUUCAACGACAAAGCCGAAUGGCAGUACACUGACAGUGACGUGCAGAAUAUCGAGGGAUUCUACGCCCGGACGUCUCGUGGAAAUCGCAUAGCUUGUAUAUUCGUUCGGUGUUGUCCCAAUGCUCGCUACACCAUACUAUUCUCACAUGGAAACGCCGUGGACUUAGGCCAAAUGAGCAGUUUUUACUUGGGUCUAGGCAUGAGGAUAAACUGUAACAUUUUCAGCUAUGAUUAUUCUGGUUACGGUACCAGUAAUGGUAAGCCAAGCGAAAGAAAUCUGUAUGCAGAUAUAGACGCUGCUUGGCAAACAUUAAGGACUAGCUAUGGCAUAAGUCCUGAAAACAUUAUACUAUACGGACAAAGUAUUGGCACAGUACCUACUGUUGAUUUAGCAUCUAGAUAUGAAGUGGGAGCUGUAGUUCUUCAUUCACCAUUAACAUCUGGAAUCAAGGUAGCAUUUCCUAGAUCCAAGAGGAAAUGGUUCUUUGAUGUGUUUACCAGUAUUGAUAAAGUAUCAGAAGUUAACUCUCCAGUACUUGUUAUACAUGGUACACACGAUGAAGUGAUUGAUUUUUCACAUGGUGUAGCUAUUUAUGAAAAAUGUCCUAGAGCUGUUCCACCACUUUGGGUUGAGGGCGCUGGUCAUAAUGAUGUAGAAUUGCAUAAUGUCUAUUUGGAAAGACUUAAACAAUUUGUUACCACAGAGCUGCUCAACUGACAUUUAAUUGAAAAAAAAGAUACAGAUACAUCGAAUGGACAAUCGCCCAGUAUGCAAACUAAUGGCUCAGCGACUGAAAAAUUACUUUGGUAAUUUUUUAUUAUUUUUUCAAUAUUACAUGUUUGUGUAAUAUGUUGUAUUAUAUUUAUCAUAUUAAAUAUUAAUUGUUCAUACUAUUUUAUCAUCUAUUAAAAUUCAUGUACAAUACAUUUUUUAAAUCAUUUGCUUAAUUGUUAUUUUUAAGACAUGACUAUAACAUUAUUCCUAAACAAGUAUU